GAUGAGACCAUUUCUCAAAUCAGGGAUUAAAGUUUGACGGAGAAAUAAAUAAAUUACACUUUUCUUUACUCAAGAACUAUUUAGUUAUAUAUGUAUGUACAUACUUUUCGUUACAUAUAUCGAACAUAUCUAAACAUACGCAAUAUUGAAAUUACGUGGCAAAAUUCCUGAAAAUUUGCAGAAAAUUUAAAUCUUUAAUGAAUAAGAAUACUAUGAAGAAGAAUUACAUUUCCGGUGUCCUUGUGACCUUGACAUUCGCCAAUGUUGCUACAUCGCCUAGUAUUGAUUUCGACUGGGACGACUACCGAAAAAUUACCCCCCGUCCGCCCCUCCUGUGUUACCAAUGCUCCUCUGACCCCACCUCCAACCAUGUUCCGGUGCUGCCUUAUCAUGAAAACUGUGCUGGCGGGGAACCAAUCCCCUCUCAUCUCGCCAUCCCUUGCGAACUCGACAUCCCACCAGCCAACGUGGUCACCCCCUUCGACACCGUGGAACUGGCCGACCGCGACAAUUACAUAAAAUAUCUCCGAAGUGAAAAAUAUAGCGUAGAAUGCGCUAAAUUUUACGAUUCCCGGAGCAAAACGACGCGAAAGGGGUGUGCCUUGAUGCACGAGGUGGACAGCAAGAAUUUGAAAGGGAAGGAACCCAGGUUUGUCAAGGGAUUCGUUAUUAUGGGAAAUUACUGCUUUGAGAGUCACUGUAAUCAUGGCAACGAGGUUAAGGUGGCGUCAUUACUCGGAAUUUUUGGAGUGACUUUUGUUUCGCAAAUUUUAUGGGUGGUUUUGAUGCAAGGUUUUUCUUAAAUAUUUUACCAAUAUGGGCUCUUUUUUACAAACAAAAUAUUUAAAAUAUUAAUCAACAUUAAUCAUAUUAUUUAUAAUUAUGUAGAUUGGAAAUUGAGGGUUGACAAUUUUGAAGGUGAACACAUAUUUUGUGCAUGAAUUCUAACAAACCGUAUCUUUAAUUGAGCUUAAAUACAUACAUAAUAAUAAAUACGGUAGCUAUGUAAACGUCAACAAGCAGAAAAAUAAUUACAUACAUAUUUAUGGACCAAUUUAUUAAGUUCCUGAUAAUUAUGUAAAUAAUCAUCUACAAAUAAUUACUUAAAUAAUGAACUUACUUAUAACGUGUGAGUGAAUAUUUGCCUCGUCAUAUUUAUUUUAUUAAUAAUAAAAUGAAUCAUGCAAUAAAAA